AGGCUACAUAUACCGGUACAAAUGCGAUGCGAACGACCCACAAGCACACAUACACACCCAGAGCGAACGAAGCAGUAGCAAUCAAUCGAACAGCCAUGAAGAAGGGAAGCAGCGCCGCCGUCCUGCUGAUGCUCUCGCUCGCGGCCCUCCUCCUCGUCGGCGCCGCCGUCGCGGACGACGCCAUCAUUCGCCUCCACUCCGACGCGGGGACGGGGGAGACGAGGCCGUGGGACUGCUGCGACCACCCCGUGUGCACCAAGAGGAGCUGGUGCGGCUGCAAGGACGUGGUCGAGCAGUGCUUCCCCGCCUGCAGGAGCUGCAAGCCGGCCAAGCGAGCGGACGAGUCGGCCCCUUCCGGCUACAUGUGCCGGGACGCCUAUCACGGCAGUCCCGGGCCUAAGUGCAUGCUCUGAUUCUCAUAUCUGUUUGUUGUUCGAGAUGGACGUACGGUGCUAGCUGCCUAGCUGACGUGUCUGAUGUUGUAGCACUACUACGCUAGCUGCUGGUGAGCCUAGCUGUACGGCAGCGAUUGAAUAAGAUUUUUUUUUUGCGGGAAAUCAUGAGAGCUUUAUUCAAACAAAAGAGCUCCUGGGAUCAUCAGUCAUCAGGCUACUGAUCAGGAACGAGGGUUCAGAGUCGAGCCAAUUCUCGGUCACCAACAGCGAUUGAAUAAGAUUUGGACACUUACCUUCUUA